CGGAAUACGGAGAAAGAGAGCGCCCAAAGACGGAGACUGCACACGGCGUUAGGAAUUAAGGACACUUUUAAGUGAAUUUAUGCAUCAGAUUGUUGUUUUAUUUUCAGUAUUCUGUUUGCUUUGAGUUUGUUGCUUGACACCUGGUUGGAAAGGAGAACAAGCUCUUACGGUGUUGUGAAGUCUAUAAGGACAAUAAACACAAAAGGAAAGACCGUACAACAUCAGUGAAUGAGUUAAAUCCUUUAUUCUUCAACCGGGCUGUUACAGUAAGAGCUUGCCCUACUGAUUCCAUUUGCUGAUGUAAAUGAUGACAGGCGAGGGAUCAAAUUUGUGCACUCCUGUGAAGGAAAUUGAAGUAUUAAAGGCUGCACAAAACAAGGAAACAGAUGAUGAAAUAGAAGAUCGAUCUGAAGUUGAAAAGAGAAAUGAAGUACGUCGCUCUGUCCGUGAACGAGUUCCAACAGAAAAGAUGCUUGCAUAUCAAAGAGAAGAGUCAGAAAAGGCAGAAAAAAGGCUUAUGCAUGCAUAUGAAAAAUGGAAGGAUGAGGCUCGAAAGGCAAGAGGGCUGCUGAAAACAGACAUCACUGAAAGCCAAUUAGCGUCAAUUAUAGACAUAUUGGAAAAUGAAAGAGAAACUGUAAUGAAUGCAUACAUAAAGGUUCGAAGUUAUGCAACACCACCCACUGAUACAAGGAGAAGAAUUGAUGCUUGCGAUGCCGUGACAAAGGAUAUUGUAAAGAUUGCUUAUGAGAGGAUCUCAGGUGUGGAUGGAGACUUUGACAGUGAGCAAGUAAAGGGGCGUCUUCGUGAACUGCUUGAUCGAGAUUAUGCUCGCUCCAUCCAUGGUUCUACGGUCUCACAUAUCAGCUCAAAGUCGAGUACGCCCAUAAGUCAACCUUCAGUGAACUCCAUCCUGAUGGCUAAGCGAAUAGAGGCAGCAGCAGAGCUUGCAGCAGAGGAAGCAGAAUAUGCAACAAUAAUGGAGGAAAAGGAACAAAGGGAAAAAAUACAACUUCUAGAAGAGAAGCAAAGGAAAGAAUUGGAUGCUCAAAGGAGUGAGUUUGAAAGAUUACAAGCAGUGAAAGAGGUAAGAGCUGCUAAAGCAAGACUAGAAGUGUAUGACAAGGAAGAAACCACUCACUCUGCUAACCAAAAUGACGAGCUGCUACAGCCUGUAAGCAUUUACACACACAAACCUGUGUAUUCAUCCUCAGUUAAGCCAACACUCAAUGAAAGGGUUUCAUCGCCAACACCCAAUGUGGAUGUGUCUUACCUUGCACAAGCUGUCCAAGACAGUAUAACGUUAAACAGACUUCCUAUGCCAGAGCCCACUGUUUUUACUGGUGACCCAAUUCACUUCAUAGAGUGGAAAGCUUCAUUCCAAUCACUCAUCGACAAAAGACAUAUUUCCUCAGCAGAUAAGUUAUACUAUUUGAAGAAGUAUAUUGCUGGGUCUGCUCUGAAAACCUUAGAAGGCAUCUUUUACAGAAACGAUGAGGAAGCUUACAAGGAUGCAUGGAAAAGACUUCAAGAUCGAUAUGGACAGCCAUUCACUAUUCAAAGAGCAUUUCGAGAGAAACUCGCAAACUGGCCCAGAAUCCAGCCAAAGGACUCUGAAGGUCUCCGAAAUUUCUCAGAUUUCCUGACCACAUGUAAGGACGCUAUGCCUCAUGUGAAGGGACUGGAAAUACUGAAUGACUGUGAGGAGAAUAGGAAACUUGUGAGCAAAAUUCCUGAUUGGGCGGCUGCCCGCUGGAACCGCCAAGCCACACAAACACUGAGUGAGACACAAGAUUUCCCAUCUUUCCAAGAUUUUGCACAUUUCAUGUCCAUUGAGGCUGAGGUGGCCUGUAACCCAGUCACUUCCUUUCAUGCCCUUCAUGUUUCUGAAGCUAAUAAGGAGAAACAUAAUCUCAAGGUUAGUAAGAACAAGGCCAGUGUCUUCCAUACGAAGUUAGUCACGCAGCAUGAGAAUCCAAAGCUUACUAGUAAAAUCACUAAACCAUGUUUGUUCUGUAAAGGUAGUGAACAUCAAAUACAUGAUUGCUCUAAAUUUACUGCAAGAUCUCUUGAAGAGCGAAGACAAUUCAUAAAAGACACAAAGCUGUGCUAUGGAUGUUUGAGACUUGGUCACAAUGCCAGAGACUGUCAUUCCAGACAUAGCUGUAACACCUGUAAGAGAAGACAUCCAACCUGCUUACAUGAUGACGGCUUCAUUAGAAAGUUAAAGUCUUCCUCUCUUCAAGGCCCAGAGAAUGCACACGAGAAAGUCACAACGUCUUUAAGUGUAGAAUCUGGAUGCACAUCUGCUAACACCUCAAUGAUUGUGCCAGUGUGGUUGUCCUCACAAAACAACCCAGUCUCUGAGAAACUUGUCUACGCUCUGUUAGACACACAAAGUGACACUGUCUUCAUUGAAUAUGCAGUAAGUCAAAGUCUUAAGGUCGACUCAUGCCCAGUGACACUUAAGCUCACCACUAUGGUUGGGAAGGAUUCAUUGAUAUUAAGUGAAAGAGUUUCUGGUCUUAGAGUUAGAGGCUUUAAUUCACCAUUAGUACUAGACCUUCCCGCUGCAUAUACUAAAGAAUGUAUUCCUGCGGAUCGUGCCCACAUCCCUACCAGAGAGACAGCCAGGUGUUGGAAACAUCUUGCUCCUCUGAUAGACAAAAUUCCCCCACUUCAAGACUGUGAGGUUGGUCUAUUAAUAGGAUAUAAUUGUUCCAGAGCUUUGGCCCCCAGAGAAGUCAUUCUUGGAGCAGAAAAUGAGCCAUAUGCUGUUCGUACGGAUCUUGGAUGGAGCAUUGUGGGUCCUUCCUUGACACAUCAUGAGUCACAAAGCAGUCUUACUAUGUGUCACAGAGUAUCUAUCAAGGAGAUUCCUGCUGUAACGCGCCAACUGACGUGAUUAAAGUGUUGGAGUCAGAUUUCAAAGAUACUGAAG